CUUCUGCACUGGGAUCGGAUUAUUUCUCUGCUACCCGCUGGUGCCAGUGGUUCAGUCUUUUUUUUACUUAACUUCGCUUCACAUCAUCAGAGAGGAAACACACGCACACACACAGGAAGCCCUGAAGCACAUGGUGUGUGUGUGUGUAUGUGAGAGAGAGAGGACAAGAGAAAGGACAACACCUCAUGAUUUGGUCAGAAAUAAAUGCAGUUGACGCUUUCUCUUUUCUGAACUGGCUGGACUGUUGGGAUUGUGUGUAGAAAUCUGUGUCGCUGGGCUGGUACGAGAGGAUGUCACGACGGGACCAGAGGUUUAGAAGAGGAAUGAAAGGCCGGUGUGGGGAAUGUGGCUGUAUCCUGUCUCACUGGUACUAUGAAAAAGAAGGACAGCUCUUCUGUAAGAAGCACUACUGGGCCCGAUACGGAGAGCACUGCCACGGCUGCAAUGAAACCAUAACAACUGGACUCAUUAUGGUAGCUGGAGAGCAGAAGUACCAUCCUGAAUGUUUCACCUGCAUGAGCUGUGACAUGUUCAUAGGAUAUGGAGACAGCUUUACACUUGUUGAACACAAAAAACUCUACUGUGGCCACUGUUUCUGUCAGGGUGUAGUGUCAGGUGUGAGCUCAGCUUCUCCUCUCACCAAAAGUCACCACAUGGUCGCACUGGUGUCUCUACCGCCGCAUGCAGGAGUCCACCGAGGCCUGACUGUAGAGACUGAUGCCAGCCAAGACAACAGUCCACUUGUAACAGUGACGGAGUUGGACAUGGCCGUCCUCAGUCCAGACCUGCUGUCCUCCAUCCACACUGGCGAUCGAGUACUGGAGGUCAAUGGUGUUCCAGUUUAUAACAUUCCUCCAGACGAGAUAAACCGUGUCAUCCAGGACACCAGCCGACCCCUGCAGCUGACCAUUGAACACAACCCACAGCCUCCAGAUGACCAACAGCACCCAGACCACCCCCAGGACCCUAUCAGCUGCUCUGAACCCUGUCUGCACAACAAACUCGCUGUAAGUCACAAACUCCCAAGUCUUGAGGAAGAGCCAGGUCCAGUGGAGGAGGAGGAAGAUCAAACCAGAACAAACCUGUCGGCACAACCAAACUCAGGAACUACAGAAAUGCGCUCCAGGCAGAUCCUACGUAGCUGCAGUAUAGAUAAGUGUCCUCUUUCUCCCGGAGGGUUGUCACUGUUAUCUCAAAGGAGAGACAUGGUUCGUUCGGAAUCUCUACGAGUGUACCCCGGAGAUAGGGCACACCGCAUCUUCAGACCUUCUGACCUCAUUCAUGGAGAAGUCCUUGGGAAGGGCUGCUUCGGACAAGCUGUUAAGGUAACACAUCAGCAGACUGGUGAGGUGAUGGUGAUGAAGGAGCUGAUACAAUUUGAUGAGGAAACGCAAAAGACAUUUUUAAAAGAGGUGAAGGUCAUGCGAUGCCUGGACCAUCCCAAUGUUCUGAAGUUCAUUGGACUGUUUUAUCAGGACAAACGGAUCCACUUUAUCUCCGAGUACAUCCAAGGUGGAACUCUCAGAGAGACCAUCACAAAAACAGACAAGGACUUUCCCUGGCGUAUACGAGUGAGCUAUGCCAAAGACAUUGCGGCUGGAAUGGCCUAUCUGCACUCCAUGAAUGUUAUCCACCGAGAUCUGAACUCAUACAACUGCCUGGUCAGAGAGAACCAGUCAGUGGUGGUGGCAGAUUUUGGACUGGCCAGGCUGGUGAUGGAGGAGAAGACUCAGAGCAAGACAUCGUCACUGGAGCAGCCUGUGAAGAGGCCGCUGUCGGAGCUGCACAGGCCGAACAGGAGGAAGCGCUACACUGUGGUAGGGAACCCAUACUGGAUGGCCCCAGAGAUGAUCCGUGGAAACACUUAUGACGAAAGUGUUGACGUCUUUUCCUUUGGGAUCAUGACAUGUGAGAUAAUUGGCAGAGUGAAUGCUGAUCCGGACUAUUUACCUCGCACGAAUGACUUUGGGUUAGAUGUGGUUAGUUUUAUGCAGCAGUACCACAGACCACAAUGUCCCUCCACCUUCCUGCCACUGGCUGCGCUCUGCUGUGACAUGGACGCUGACAAACGCCCUUCCUUCUCUAAGCUGGAGGAGUGGCUGGGUAAUCUGCUGAUGCACCUGGACAUUGGUCUGCCUCUGCUCUCUGAGCUGGAGCAGCUUCGCCAAACCUUCUGGGAAAGUCAACACAGUCACUUCCACGGCCGGGACAACGCACUAGAAUCUAACCAACUCACUGACUGUUCACAACCACGAGGACAGAGUACACACAGUGUAAAUAAAAACACAGAGCCGGUUCGCACACCCACGAGCCCAGACGAAUCGGUCACACCUGACAACCAGCUGAACGGACAGCAACACUUGAUGUGAACACAAAGUGAUGGUUGAAGAAAAACUCUUAAACAUCAACACAGGCUGUGAGAACCAGACAUAAGACAAGAGGCGGUGCAGGGAAGCCCUGAGUGAAGACUUGGAAAAGAACCAUAAUAAAACACACGUUCAGCACCAAACACUGCAGGUCAACAGCUCCUUGUCUCUCAACAAACAGAUGUGCAGAGUUUUGUGGGUCCACGGAGAACAGUUCAGUCCUCUAAGCACUUCUAAGAAAAGGAGAAGACCCUCAGACCAGAACCAGGUUCUGAGGCGCAGAACGUGAAAGGAACACACCUUUUUUGUGUUUUCUUUCUCAACAACCAAGGGCAAGAACAUACAUUUUGGGACAUGGUAUAGGAGAAACACAAAAAAGAACACAAUGCAAAUACCUAGAAUACUAUAUCACCAGUGUACUGUAUGUGUGACAGGUUUAAACUGGCUCUGGUAUCUUCUCCCUCCAGAAACUGUGACGUCAACAGCACUUUAGGCUUCUUGCUAAAUUCUUACUUUUUGGCUUUCAAUUAAAUAAAAAAAAGUUGAAUUAAUUAAAAAUAUAUAUUGUUACAUUUAAUCCAGCAUUUUGCAUAAAAAAAUACUCCACCACUUAAUGUACAGUUAAAUGACUACAGGAAGUGAUAAUGUGUGCAUUUAACAAACAUUGUAGAUGAGAUUUUAUCAAUGAUCAGAAAUAAAUAUUUUUGAUAUAACAA